AUUGCCCGGGAAACCUUCUAAAUUCGAUUUCAUGCUACCCCGCCAUCAAAAUUCGUUGUCUGUGCACACCUGGGCAGGUUCCUGAAUAUUAUACGCACUAACCUUACCACAGCCACACCGCGGUCAUCGGACUUCUCGAAUUGGACAUGCCGCCAGAGCAAUUCGUGCUAUGUGAGAUUUGCCAAUUUGCAUGAACUGUACUGGCGUUUUGAAUACAUUUCUUUAUAUUUAAGAAGACUUUCAUGAAAGGCUUCAUUCCAUAGACCAAAUAAUCUUUACAUAAACUUUCAUUUUUAAGCAAUUGCAAGCACCCAUACAAAAUCUCUGUUGGUUUCGAAGUAUUCGAGACAUUCACUUCAGAACCUCUCUGUACCUGAUAUUGAGUCCAGAUUCUCGGCAUAACGAGAAUUCACUACUCAUACAAGUCUCAUAGUAUACCUAGUCACAAGUUCGCAUUCGUCUCCAUGUGGUCUCACACGCGCCUCGUCUCCUCAUGCCGCCAAGCAUCUUCUCUUCUCAAAUACAAACCCAACUUUACCAUCCAUAAAUCCUCUCUUGUCAACCACAAGCCCAAGUUCACAAUUCGCACCCUCGCAACACAAGCUAAAUCAAUCAGCAUGUCUUCUAUGAAUGCCAUAAACUCAAAGAAGGAAGGCGAUAUAUCUUCGGUCUUCGUCUCACUCUCUGGCGCCAAGCCUACACCACUUCCGGAACGUUUUGCUGAUAUCAAACGCAACCUUAUCCGUGGCCACGAGGAGGCCGUUCAAGCAUCUUUCACUCGCCUUAUUGAGCAACUUGCGAUUGAGAAUCGAAAGGUCGCGGAAUUGGGCCCGAGUAUAAUCCCAAGUGUGACUUUCAAGGAUGUUUAUGAGAAGAACGUAAGUGAGGAGCAGUUGAAAGAUAUGAGAGAUAAGGGUGCACUUGUUAUUAGGGGUGUCGUGGAUGAGACAACUGCGAGACGUUAUAAGCAAGAGGUCGAAGAUUAUGUCAAGUUGAAUCCUAGUACUAAAGGCUUCCCAGCCAAUGAUCCACAAGUCUACGAGCUCUACUGGUCACCACCACAAGUUAAAGCUCGUGGUCAUCCAAACAUGAUCAUUGCCCAAAAGUUCCUGCUCAACCUCUGGCACUCCGCCGAUCCCAACUCACCAAUUUCCUUUUCUCAACCACUCACCUACGCUGACCGUGUUCGCAUCCGUCAACCUGGUGAUGCUAUCUUUGCUCUCGGUCCUCACGCCGAUGGUGGAUCUGUUGAACGCUGGGAACCCAAUGGCUACGGUAUCAACGGAGUAUAUGACACUAUCUUCCAAGGAAAGUGGGAAGAAUUUGAUCCUUUCGAGUCUUCAUCACGCGUACCCGCUGUUAGCGAUCUCUAUCAUGGUGGAGGAAGCUGCUCCAUGUUUCGUAUGUUUCAGGCCUGGCUCGGCAUGUCCCACACUGCGCCUGGAGAAGGCACAUUGAAGGUCAAUCCACUUAUCAAGCUUUCCACCGCUUACUUCUUGCUCCGACCUUUCUUUGAGCCUAUUAAAGAAUUGCCGGAGGGAAAGGAAGACGAGUAUACUGCGGAGUAUCUCAGUCCCGAGAAUUGGAAAUUGAUCCCAACUGAUCGAAUGAGCACUGCUCUUCAUGGUGCUACUCCAAGUCAUGGACAGGAGAUGACCGAGAAACUUCACCCACAUCUGGAUCUGAAGAAUACCAUGGUUCAUAUUCCAAAGAUUAACCCAGGUGACUACGUUGCUUGGCACUGUGAUAUGAUCCACGCCGUAGACAAAACUCAUGCUGGUAAAUCUGACAGUUCCGUCCUCUAUAUUCCCGCCUGCCCUCUCACUCCUAUCAAUGCCGAAGCACUCGCCCGUCAACGCGAUACCUUCCUCUCCGGCGUUCCAGGACCAGACUUCCCGGGUGGAAAGGGCGAGAGUGAGCACAUUGGCCGACCAGGUCUCGAAGAAGUUGAGUCUUGGACUGGUGAAGAGGGAUUGAGAGCUAUGGGAUUGAGCAAAUUUGUUGUUGAAAGUGAGAAGGGAGCUGGUGUUGAAAAGGCUGUCGAGAUCGGAAAUAAAUAUUUGGGAUUUUAGACGAAUGCGAAUGGACUGGUGAUUAUUUGACGGAAGACAGGAUGGGAAGGGACACAACUAUCUCAUGACAGUGGUCUCGAAUUGCAAUUGGGAGUUGUUUAUGAUGGCGCAAGGAUGGAACGGCGUGGGAUUACCUUCUGCAAAUCCAAAUUUGAGAUUUCUUUCCUUACAUUCAGGAAUGAAAUGUCAGAUUGGGGAUUUACCCAUUUCACUAUCGGGAAGGGAAAAUUGACAUUUUAGCAAAGCUCAAUCGUGGGACACAUUGAGCAGUGACUCGCAAAAGUUAAUAGCAAUGAAUCUU